UUAAUAGUCUUAUAAAAUACGAAGAUCAUUUCAUUCGGGAUUGCUGACAGUGAUUGUUGGUGCUUUAAAAUGGUUUUUAAUUUACAAGGAAAAGUUGCUUUGAUAACCGGUGGGGCAAGAGGUCUAGGAUUUCAGUUUGCCAAGGAGCUUUUGAAAAAUGGAGUCAGGGGCAUAACGAUAUCAGAUUGCGACCCCGUGGAAGGCAGCACAGCAGCAGAAACUCUUAACAAAGAAUUUGGUAGAGGAAAAGUGAUUUUUAUAAAAACUGACGUCACAGACAAGAAGCAAUUUGAAGAGGCUUUCCGAAAAACAGUGGAAGUUUUCAACAAUGUUGAUAUACUCAUAAAUAAUGCGGGAAUUAUGAAUGACGCUAUUUGGGAGAAAGAAAUCGCUGUCAAUGUUAAUGGUGUGGUUCAUGGCAUGCUAUUAGGCUUUGACAAGUACCUGAAAAACUUCAAAUCUGAUGACGAAGCCGUCAUUUUAAAUAUGUCGUCUGUGGGAGGUAUCAAAGGCUAUGGACAUGUUCCAGUGUACGUUGCUACAAAAUUUGCUGUUACAGGAAUGGUAAAGUCUUGGAGUUAUCCAACCCACUAUGAAAGAACGAAAGUUCGGGUAAUCGGAUUGUGUCCUGGAGCAACUGACACUACCUUACAGGUCAUGGAAGGAAAAUACAUCGGUCCUGAAUAUGAAGAUAGUAUCAAGGAUAUACCUGUGGAGCAAUUUGUGAUACAGCCUGCCGAAUUCGUAGCUUCCGAGAUGGUAAAGUUACUGAUGAACUCGAAAAAUGGUACAAUGUGGGUUGUUGAAGGAUCUAAACCAGCCUAUGAAUACAUUAUUCCUGAACGUGAGACUUUCAAAAACAAUAGAUUGUUGUUCCAUGCAGUAGAUGUGGUAAAUUCGACUGGAUUAUUCGAUAUUAGAGACAAGACUAGGACUAAACAAAUAUACGUUACCGUUCGAAAAACAUUAGGUUUUUAUUGCCAAAAAGAAAGGAGGAAUUUCAAUUUCGACUUGAAGAUGGUUUUUGAAGUAACCGGUAAAAUAGCCCUGAUUACUGGAGGAGCAUCAGGUUUGGGAUUCAGAUACGCCAAAGAACUGUUACAAAAUGGAUUGAAAGGUGUUACUCUGGCUGAUAUGGAUGCGGUAUCUGGAAAAAAAGCAGAAGAAGAAUUGAGAAGCACUUUUGGCGAAGAUAGAGCACUUUUUAUCAAAACAGAUGUAACAAAAUACGUCGAAUUCGAAGAAGCAUUCCAGUCAACAAUAAAGAAAUUCAAAAAUGUGGACAUACUCAUCAACAACGCGGGGAUAAUGAACGACUCGAUUUGGGAAAAGGAAGUGGCUAUCAAUAUGAAUGGCCUCAUCAACGGAAUGCUUCUGGGUCUUGAAAAGUAUCUGAAGAACUCCAAACAGGGAUCUGAAGCUGUCAUCGUUAAUAUAUCAUCCGUUGUAGGCCUAAACGCACAUGGAUACAUGCCAGUCUACUGCGGAACAAAAGCAGCGGUGGUUACCAUGACCCAGGCAUGGGCUUGGCCGACCCAUUCCAAAAGAACCGGCGUAAGAGUAGUUGCUCUAUGUCCAGGACCUAGCGCAACACCACUGAUGGAUAUGGAGGGUAAAUUAUGGUCACCGGAAUAUUUGGAUACCAUUGCAGGUGGUGAUUCAGGUGGAAUUCCUUUGCAAGGGUUAGAUGUCGUUGCACAGGAAUUGGUCAGGAUAAUAAAAUUUGCUGAAAAUGGCACCAUUUGGGUUGUUGAAAGAGAUCUUCCAGCUUAUGAGUUCAUCACGCCCGAACGUGAAACUUUCCGUAAUAAUGUUUUAACAGAAAAAUGAUUUCUAGUUUUAUAAUUAUUUUGAAAGGAAAUAUAUGGCCAUUCAAAUAAAUACAUUUUCAAAAUGAA